GAAGUUAUUUAAUAUAUGACCUUCGUUAUAAUUUACAGGGGUAAUUUCGAUGAUAACACUACAAGAUUUUAUACUGGUUGCGUAGUAGAAGCUUUCGAUUAUCUCCAUUCUCGAAAUAUAAUUUAUAGAGAUUUGAAACCAGAAAAUAUGUUACUAGAUAAUACGGGUUAUGUUAAAUUGGUUGAUUUUGGUUUUGCUAAAAAGCUGCACAAUGGUCGUAAAACGUGGACAUUUUGCGGAACACCGGAAUACGUAGCUCCAGAAGUAAUACUAAACCGAGGUCAUGAUAUAUCUGCCGAUUAUUGGUCUCUUGGCGUGCUUAUGUUUGAAUUGCUCACUGGAACUCCUCCAUUCACUGGACCCGAUCCCAUGAAAACAUACAACAUUAUCCUUAAAGGUAUUGACGCAGUGGACUUUCCUCGUUGCAUAACUAGAAAUGCCAUGGCAUUAAUAAAGAAAUUAUGCAGAGAUAAUCCUUCGGAACGAAUUGGUUAUCAAAAAGGAGGCAUACAAGACAUACAGAAGCAUAAGUAUGUAUUUAAUUUUU